AUGCACGGGCUCGAUGACGUGGACGCCGCCCGCCCCUGGCAGCAAAUUGCCGGCGUCUCCAACCUUGCGUUCGCAUCUCUCGUCUGCCCCUGGAUGCACGAUUUACAUGAUCGCGCUGGCGCCACUUUGGAGGACUUCAGGACCUGGACGCGCGAUGAUAUCCUCCCUCUGGCGUUGCCGCGGCCCGAUUGCAAGCGUUACUGGCUCGAGCAUGACACCCCCAUUGGUUGUCACUUACCGCUGUCGCCCGAGGCCGGCGGCGACUCCCGCGCCUCAGACCCAGCGGAUGCGCGACAGCAGUAUCAUGAAGAGUUGCGGCAGCGACUUGAUUUUGCCCUUGCUUCUUUUGCGCCAUACAAUGCCGAGCAGCAGACCAUUUUCCAGCACAUCCGCCAGGCUCGGGCGUACGAUGUGGCCAGUAAACAUGAUAAGUACCGCGACCUCAAUGACGUCAUGUGGGCGCAUUUGGGAGACUAUCUCCUCGCCUACGUCAAGCAGCGACACUACCGGUUCAACAGACUCAUGGGCGAGAUGAACCCCAUGUUUUCCUGCCGCGGCAUCGCGGUCCUGCCGGUUGAUCAGUGGAUCGAGACCCAGGAACGUCCGUACACCAACGCCUGGCACCUACUCAAGACGGAUCACAAUCUUGUGCAGUUGACGCAGCAGUUCAUGCAUCCCGCCACUCUGCGCAAUCCGAUUACGGUUCCUCUUUCGCUGCCGACACAGCCGUUCCCGUUCCGCCAUCCAUUGAUUAUGCCAGUCAAUGAAUAUCAGAGCCACACUCAGGCGGAGGAGAUGCGCGGAGCAUUCCGUAUGCGCUUGGAGCAGCCCACGCAGUUCCAACGUGAAAAGAGCUUUGCCGCGUUACAGGUGAAGGCUCUCGGUGAACACGAGUUGGCUACGUGGAUGAACCAGACCUUCCAG